AUGCCUGAACCUCCUCCUUUUGAUGCUCCUUCUGAUGAGCAUAAUGAAUAUAAAAAAUGGAAGGAAGAUGAACUUAAAGCUCUCUCUUGUAUGAUAGCAUCGAUGAGUGACGAGCUCCAGAGAAAGUGUGAAGAGAUGAAAAGUGCUAAUGAAAUUUACCAUGUGUUACAAGAGUUGUACUGUGAAAAUUCAAGGAUAAGACAAUAUGAAUUAAGUUCAACUUUAUUUGGAAUGAAGUUGAAAGAGGGAGUGUCACAAGAAGAACAUGUCAUGAAAAUAAUUAAUAUUCUGGGGCAAUUACAUGCCAUGAAAAUUGAAAUGCCAGACACCCUCAAGGUGGAUUUAGUUCUUCAAUCUCUACCUUCAAGUUUCACACCUUUCAUCAACAAUUAUCAUCUCAAUAGGAUUGAGAGAAAACUUCCUGAUUUGUUGAAUGAGAUUCAACAGUUUUAUGAUUAUGAAAGAAAAGGAAAAAGGCAGGAGGUUGUUAAUAUGGUUUCUUCCAGUAAGACAAAGAAGAAAAAGCCAAUGAAAUUCCAAAAGAAAUUGGGAACAAAACCCAGGGGAGGGGUUUAG